CCACUCACUCGAGCCGUGUGCUCCGUCACCGCGAGGCACCACCGCCGGCGCCGCCAACGCGAGGAUGGCUGCUUCCGCCGGCGAGGCUGCCGACGGAACGACUCCGGAGGCACCCUCGCCUUUCUCCGAGGACUGGAGGGAGCGGAUCAUCAUCCCGGUCGCCGCCGCCGGGGUUCUUGGAGCCGCGUUCGGGCUGCUGUCGCGGCACCGGGCGCGCCUUGGAGCCGCCCGCGCCGCUGUCACCUACGCCGCUAACCUUGCCAUCGUCGCCGGGUGCUACGGAGGAGCACGUGAACUCGCAAGAGAUGCUCGAGCCACAACACCCGAUGAUCCCAUGAAUUCUGUUGUUGGUGGGCUAGCAAGUGGAGCUGUUCUCGGUCGAAUACAAGGUGGACACUUCGGAGCAGUGAAGUAUGCGGUCACCUUUGCAGCUGCUGGUACCGCGUUGGAUUACGCCGCGCUGAAGCUGGCCCCUGAAUGGCAUGCAUGGAAAGAACAGUUCUCUGGAAAGAAAGACUGGUUUACACUACCCGAGUGGUCACCGAUCCAAGUGUUGGAUGAGGAAGCUUUGGCUAAGAAAAAAGCUCGAGAGGAAAAGCUGUUCGCUCAGCGAGCACUGGGUAAACUUGACAAGGAGGAUCCCUAGAUACACUGCAUUUUGGAGGACCACUUACCAAUGAUUUUUAGGUGCUAUAUCUUUUUGUCUCUGAAACCGUAGUGUUAGAAAACAUUGAGAUCUGUAUUUUUCCUUUUCCUGUACUUUGGGCGUUUGGGGAUGCCUAUGAAAGAGGUAGGCGCUGUACUUCCAGGUUUUGACGGCUAAAAACAUCUCUGCAAAUGCUUGUACUUUGUUAAUUGUUACGCCGCUUGCACCUUUUUCUUUGUGAGUGGAUUUGCACUUCAAUAUGAGAAUAUGCACUGUAUCAAA